UUGGGGCUAUUUGUAGGGCGAAUUGGGAGCUCGUAUAUUGCUUUGGCCAGUCGUCGAUAAAUUCCGUUAGUGUCAACAAGUGGGAAAUGCGUGUGUGAUGUCGAGCGCAUAAAAAUAAAAAUUGCAUUUUAAGUGAAAAGAAAGAGAAAAAAUUACAUGAACGUUGCAGUUUUCAGUACGUUUACAGCGAACGGGUCACCUAUAUAAAAAGGGCAUUGCUCUUUCCUGAUGUGCUCUCCAAGAAUUUUCAGCGCAAGUUGCAGCAAUUUUCUUACUUCACAGUAAUAAUACGUUUAAAUGACCUUUGUUUUACAUUAAUUGACUCAGUUGAUUAAUACAUUCGGCGAAAAAGUACGUAAUUUUAAAUAAAGAAAUUCAAAAGCAAAAACGAAAAGUAAAAAGAAUAUUUGUGAUUUCUUGGCACGCAACAAUAACGACACCGGUGAGGCGAGUCAAAACAAUCGAUAUCACUACUGUGACCCAUAAAAAGUAAACAAAAACUACAAGUCAGCUGUUCCAAAAAGUGUACUACUGAAAUCACAAGCAAAACACACAUUAAAAGUGUUAAUAUAAUUAUACUUAAUAUCUAUAAAAUACAAGUGAAAUUAUAGUCGACACAUGGAUGACGAGUUGGAGGAUAAAGUCUUUUAUCAAGCAUACGUUUCCCAUAUGAAGAUUCUAUCGAAAUUCGCUGUGGGCUUUUCGUCCAUCAAUUCGCCUUUGGCGUACAUAUGGAAAUUAUGUCGCCUCUAUCUGCUACGACCCGAAGUGAUACUUUUCGGAGUGAUUAUUUUUAUUUUCUUAAUUUACUUACAAGCUGUUGAUGCCUGGAGUCGUGGUCUAUUGGGGCGAAUACAAACCACACUUGGUCGUCAGAAGGCAAAUCGCCUGAAGUUGACAAGUGAGGCAAGCGGUCAGGGUGAUUAUCAAUGUUGGGAAGAGGUGCGUCAACAAAGUGCCGUUUAUGCGUUACUCGGACGAAGACCACGUAUGGAAGACAGAUACAUCAUCGAAGAGAAUAUCAAUAAUAAUACAGGUAUCUCGUUUUUUGCCAUCUUCGAUGGUCACGGCGGUGAAUUUGCGGUAGAUUUUGCGAAAGAUAUUUUAGUGAAAAAUAUUUACAAUAAAAUUAUCGCAACAACAAAGCUGCUGGGCAAUCAACAACACCUGUCCGAAAGCAAUAAAAAAGCAGCACUCGAUGCUGAUUACGCGGAAUAUGACGCGAGUCCAUACCUGAAGCGGAAGGCAAGCCGUAAAGAUGAAAGCAAUAAGGAGAAUAAUGAGCCGUCAGUGCGGCGACGAGACAGUCUGCGCAAGGCACACAGUACCGCAGAUGAUUGCAAGACACCCUCAGAUGGCAAACAACAAAAGGAAACCGAUGUCUUCACUUCCAAGCUGAACUCUCUAAUGCGCGGCAGCAAUGCGGCCAAGGAUGCUCUAUUCGGUGGCGGUAAAGAUGCUGGCAGCGAAGGCGGCAAAGCAAAUGGACCACCACAGAAUUUCGACGCUAAAUGCUACAUCGAAAAUGGUAAAAUUAAUUAUGGCAAAUUAAUCACAGACGAAGUCUUGGCCGCCGACUACAAACUGGUUGAAGCAGCAAAAAAGCAGACCAAUAUUGCCGGCACCACAGCACUGAUCGCCGUCAUCGAGGGCAGCAAACUGACCGUGGCGAACGUUGGCGACUCGCGAGGCGUUAUGUGCGACUCACGUGGUAUAGCGAUACCGCUGUCGUUCGAUCAUAAACCACAACAGGUGCGUGAGCGUAAGCGCAUACACGAUGCUGGCGGCUUCAUCGCAUUUCGUGGCGUUUGGCGUGUGGCCGGCAUAUUAGCGACGUCCCGUGCGCUCGGCGAUUAUCCAUUGAAGGACAAAAAUCUAGUCAUAGCCAAUCCGGAUAUAUUAACCUUCGACUUGAAUGAUCACAAGCCCACAUUUCUGAUACUCGCCACAGAUGGUCUGUGGGACACGUUUAACAAUGAGGAGGCCUGCACUUUUGUUAAAAAGCAUCUACACGAAGCAGACUUUGGCGCCAAGGCGUUAACAAUGGAAUCAUAUCAACGUGGUUCAGUAGAUAAUAUCACCGUGCUGUUGGUGGUCUUUCGUAAUGGCAACUAUCGUAUUAGUUCGGCCACAACAACGAGUGCAGAUGCAACGAAGGCCCACAAUGCGGCUGCGCCAGCGUCAUUGUCAGCUACGGCGUCGACAGCUAAAUUUCCCGCAACCAAUAAUGCAGGGAAAUUUCCCGUAACAAAUUUAAUUCGUUCGAAUAGUGGCGUCACGGCAAAGUAAAUUUCCCUUAUUUCACCUAUAUAACAUACAUGUUUCUGUAUGUAUGUGUAUAUAUGGAUAUUGUGUCACCAUAAGGAUGGAGUUGGGAGCACACCAAAUGACCAGCGUUAGUGAAAUUAUGAAAGGAAAAACGAGGGUGGGAAGAAAAAUGUAUUUUUAAAAUUAUUUAUGUGCCCUGUUACUAGGUAAUAAGCAUUUCUUUCUAAACCAAAACAUAUUCGAAUGUGAGAUAUGUAUAUAUGCAUAUAAAACACAAACUCGCUAAUAAUACAUUACGACAGAUACAUCUAUGUAUGUAUGUAUUGAAUAUGAUAACACUUUUUUAUGCAACACUUCAAGGAAGCCAAGUAAUCUUACACCUGCAACAAUAUUAAUUUUCAUCUAUCUAAACCAAAGCGAACCACUAGCUUCUCGAAAAUCGUUUCAACGCUGCUUACGCUUCGUAUUCAUUCGGUUUUCAAGAAAAUGCCUUGCAAAUUAUGAGUAUCUGCAUAAGACCCCCUGAUAAUUUAAUUAUAUAAAUUACGAACUAUAUUUAGGAAUUUUUAAAUUUAGUAAA